AUGAUAACUUCCUUUUCUUUUAAUUCAAACCAACAUUACGAUCAAGCCUCAACGGACACGGAAGUAAUGAUGAAUGGAAUUGGAAAUUCAAAUUUUACAGAAGAAAGUCAUCACUAUAAUCCAUUAUAUCAAAAUCAUCAUGAAAUUGUAAAUCAAGACAUAAAAGAAGGCUUGGUUUUAAAUGAGACUUCAUCUCCUGAACUUUCACCUAACACCUUAACCAGACAUGUUUAUCAUCAUUAUCUGCCUCCUUAUCGUCAAGUUAAACGUCGACGUCGACUCACCGAAGAAGAAACAAGUGUAUUGAAUAACGUUUUUGAAAAUGAACAAAAACCUGAUGCAGCUACACGUGCUCAAUUGGCUCAACAAUUAAAUAUGUCAUCACGUGCAAUUCAAGUUUGGUUUCAAAAUCGUAGAGCAAAGGUUAAAAGAGACAUGUUGGAAUCAAAAAAUGCUGCAAAAAAUAAACCAAAGAAAUUGACUUUAGCUGUAGAUUAUUUCCCGGAAAAGAUUAAACUAUCAAAUCCUAUUGGUAAUUCCCGUACAAAUUUACCCAGAAAAUCCAGGAUCACGACAAAUUUGGUUAAUCAUUGUACUUCACCUGAAGAACCAAAAUUAGAUAUUUUAAACGGAAAUCCUAUUAAUUCUUAUGUUAUUCAUUUCAAUAGUGGGAAUGAAGUUAUAAAUCAACCUGAAAGUAACAUUAAUUAUUGGAAUUCUUCUUAUUUGAAAUCUUUGGAAAUCGAUGAUUCUUAUGCUAAUGGAAAUAGUCUUACAAAUGUGCAAAAUUUUGAAGCUACACCUUUAUUGGCAUUGCCAUGUUUUUCCAAUAACUUUUUUCAUGAAAACAAUUGUGCCGAUUCUUACCGUUAUAAUUUAUCUUCUCCUGGACCUUUAGGGAUAAUAAAUUCUGUUCAAGAUUAUGAUGGAACGUCACAGAGAAACCUUAAUAUUUUUGGGUCCAACGCAAAUCAAUAUGUGUUAUCAAGUUCAACGACCGCCAUACCUGCAAUAGGCGAUUUAUCCAUCUCUCAAAAUGUUCGAUAUUUGCCAUUAUCCAUUACAUCCAAAUAUCCGUCAACCGAAUUUCCAUUCGAAAAUUUGUCAUCUAAACAAUCGAGUUCUUUAAGAUUCAUGGCAACAAUCACGAUAAUGAAUCUAUCUAUUAUGGCUAGUGAAACAACAUUUGAAACCAAAGAAUUAAUGAUGAUUGGGGAAAGUCUGUUUCAAAGAUAA